AGUUGUUUACAAACAGAGCGCUCGUACGGAUCUCGGUAGCGGAUGAAACAGUCGAAAGCGUACGUUCAUUUGAAUACACGAGUAGGGAAAAGGAAAUGUAAAUAAACGCAUAGGAAGUGAAAAAGUGUGUGAGGAAGUUAUUACUGAAAGAAAAUAAAUAAAAUUAAUAUACUCAAACAACAACAAUAAUAAGCAGUAGAAGGUGUUGAUGUCGUUCUUUUAAGGCAAACCAGUUUUUUAAAAAAUAAGAAAAAAUACAGUGAAAAAAUGUGUCGUGAGUGAAUUGCAAAAAAUAAAAUCAAAGAAAAGUCUUCAAAUUCCAUUAAAAAAGAAAUGGUAGAAAGAAAGCAAAAAUAAUUGUGAUCAAAACAGGCAGCGGUGCACAAAGUAAAGCUGCGAGCGAAAAAAGUGCGUAUAUAAAAAUUACGCGAAUCCAAUAAAAACGAGCAUAUAUCGUUGAGUCAAAGUGGUAUAAAGUAAAAAAUAUUAAUCAAAUAAAUAUAAAAAAAUCGCCACAGCAAUAAGAGCACGCAGUUGGCAGCUACCUCGUCGCCACGUAGCACUUCACGGCGUCUCGCAGCAUCCUUGCCACUUCGACUCCCCAACAACCAAUUCCGAGUAGUAUACCAGUGGCUGUCGCAAACACAACAACAACUGCGUUCAUUGCCACGGCGGCAAUCUCGCAUUCAUUCACAUCUUCAGCGACUUAUUGAGCAGCGACUUGCCACCGACUUCGUCGUCAACUACAACUCCAGCGCCGCCGUCGCUGUUGCUGUCGCCGUCGCCUUAACUCUGACUGCGACUGUGACUCUAAAAUGGUCAAAAUGGAAUUUCUUAAAAGGAAACAUUUUUCAUUGUGGAUUAUAACGACAUUUGUACUCGUGGCUGGCAUUUUGGAUGGUUGCGUCGGUCUGCAGGGCGUACCAACAUGGAUUUGUCUCGGCGUGAAAUCACCGUUCAUCGAAUUCAGUAACGAAGUAGAGGUGCUGGCCAAUAGCAGUGUUCCUCUCAAUAUAACCAAAGAUGAGCAGGCGCUCAUGCAUCAAGAGGGUUUACGAAAAUUGGGUACAUUCAUAAAGCCCGUCGAUUUGCGUGACUCAGCGACGGGUUUCGUCAAAGCCGAUUUAACCAAAAAAAUACCGAAUACCGCAGCGAGCACGAGCAGUAAUACACAUUAUGGCGGUGGUGGUAUUGUUAUGGCGCAACGACGACGCCAUCCCAUACAAGAAGAAAUGGAUCAAAAACAAAUUAUUUUACUUGAUGAGGAUACCGAUGAGAAUGGUUUGCCCACAAGUUUAACAGAUGAAGAUCGAAAGUUCAUAGUGCCGAUGGCGUUAAAGAACGCCUCACCAGAUCCGCGUACACUUAUGGCUACACAGCGCCUGGUAGGCACCACAACACGUGGCACAACAACGACGACGACCACAAGACGGCCCACAACACCGGCCACACCGGAGUUCGCUUCGAAUAUUGAUGAUCUAAAGAAGCAUAUUUUAUUCUCAAAUUUAACGAAACACGAUAGUAAUUUCCAAUCGAAAUUCGUUGUGUUUCCAAGUCUACAAAAAGAUCGCCAAACACCAGUUUUAGCGACAACAACAACAACUGCGCGUCCUUUUCGCUCGAUCUUUCAGUACUCAGCGCCCGUCACACCACCUACACGUAAAUCGGCCUUCCCGAGCGGUGCGAAAUUGCCUGGCGGCCAACCUUUUGGUGGCUAUUAUCACAACGAUGAUGAAGACGACGGCGGCAUGUCUGUGUUUCUCUCACAAGCGGGCAUGAAUGCGCGUGACAAGAUCACUAUUGUGCCACAAGUCUUAUUGUUGAAUGAUCAAACGAUUAAGAAUGAUACAAGUGGUGGUGAUGCGCGAGGUCGCAAUGCCGAUAAGACCGCAGCUGGUGUGGCACAAACUGUUGCUGUCACUACACCGACCACACCGGAAACAACAACACCUAUGACUAGCACUACACCCCGACGACCAACCAAAAAGCCGUUGUGCAUACGCAAUCCAGAUUCACCAAAAUGCAUACGCCAACGUAAACGCGAAGAGCAACAACGGCAGCGUCAUCGCGAACAAUUGCUACGCGAACAGCGUGAAUAUUUAAGACCACACUAUGAGCCCUACAUACAGACCCUGAAUAAUACAAAACGUUUUGCCGUUUCCAUUGAAAUACCCGAUUCCUUCAAGAUACACUACAACGAAAGUACAGAAACGACGACGUUACCAACAAUUCGUGUCGACGAAGGUGAAUUGCAAGAGCUUUCACGUUCCAAACGUUCGCAUCAUAAACGCCGCAAUAUAGGUGGCGGUCAGCAAGGUCGUCGCGCCGGUAAUAAUGAUAAAUUCGCUGCUAAAUACAGUACGAGCUAUUUCGAGCGUGAUACCGUGAUAACGGGCGCACGCGAUAUUGCUGCCGAUCAAUCAAGCAUGCCAGCGAUAAAUGGUAGCACUCCAAGUCCAACGGUACCGGCCUAUUCAGAACCAAUCGAUUUGAAUCCAGAUAACUGUUAUCAAGUUGACGGCAUGACUUAUGGCCAGAAGAAACAGUGCGUACUGCAUACGAGUGUUAUGCCGGCAAUAAGUCGCGGUGCGAGAGCGGCUAUACAGGAAUGUCAAUUUCAAUUCAAAAACCUUCGCUGGAAUUGCAGCACAACAGACGAUAAUACCGUCUUCGGCCCGGUAACAGGAUUGGGCUCACCGGAAAUGGCUUUUAUUCACGCGCUUGCCGCUGCUAUGGUGACCAGUUUUAUAGCUCGUGCCUGCCGCGAUGGGCAAUUGGCGUCAUGUGGUUGUUCGCGUGGGUCGCGCCCUAAGCAAUUGCACGAUGAUUGGACGUGGGGUGGCUGUGGCGAUAAUUUGGAGUUUGCCUACAAAUUCGCCGUCGACUUCAUUGAUGUGCGCGAAAAGGAGACGCGACGCGGCACGCGCGGCGCUGGCAAUCCGGAGCGCAAACGCGGCCGCUUCCAUCAGCGGCGCAAUCAGCAAGUGCAACAAACAAUGCAGGCUGAUGACGCGUCUGCAGCCGGGUUGGCGCUGUCGGCAACAACGACGCUAAAAACGAUUGCAACAACAACAACGACGACAACAACUGCAGCGCCACCAGUAGCACAAUUAGAGGCGUUCGCCAGCGAAAAUGAAUAUAUCAGCAGCGACAAGGAAAACAUGCAACAACAAAAGCAACUAUUCCAACAACAACAACAGCAGCAGCAGCAGCAACAAAUAUCCAAUAAAACUGUCAGUGUUGAUGGCAAUCAACACAGCAACGCGGACAAGGCGCAGGCGGUGGGAAAUAAUACCAACAUGUCAACAGCAACGCUAACCAACUCUAAGGACACCGUCAACACACAAGCAACAACGCGAACAGCGGCAAUGGCAACAGCACAAAAAUCAGCGCCGAGCCGUGGCAGCAGCAGCAAUAGUGGCAAUAACAACAGGCAGCAAUCAAACCGCGACGCUAAUGCUGACUUCUCCUCCGAAGAAGAAGCGGCUAGACGCAUCAAACCGGAAGAUUUAUUAGAGUUGCAGGAGCGUAUCACAAAGGAAAUACUCAAUUCGAAAUUGCAGGGCAAGGAAAUGCAGGAAUUGCAGGAGAAAAUCAAUCGCGAAAUUCUAAACACAAAGGUGUUCAAUAUGGAUGCUGGCGGCGGUGGCGGCAAGCGCAAGCGAAGACGUAAAAAUCAACGCGCCAUCAACGGUAUGCCAAACGAUCAGCAAGCAGACGCCACAGCGAACGGCGCGGCCGCCGAUGGCGGUGGUGAGGGUGCUGGCAAAUGGAAGAACAGCAUUGCGGCCAAGGCACGUAGUCUAAUGAAUUUGCACAACAACGAGGCGGGGCGGCGGGCUGUCCUCAAGAAAACGCGCAUCACCUGCAAAUGCCAUGGUGUAUCUGGUUCAUGCAGUUUGAUCACCUGUUGGCAGCAGCUCUCAUCGAUCAGAGAAAUCGGCGACUAUUUGCGUGAAAAGUAUGAAGAGGCUACGGUGGUGAAAUUGAAUAAACGUGGUCGUUUACAAGUGAAAGACACGCAAUAUAAAAUGCCAACGUCGCACGAUUUGGUGUAUCUGGAUGAGAGCCCAGAUUGGUGUCGCAAUAGCCGGCAGUUGCAGUGGCCAGGCACGCAUGGUCGCAUAUGCAAUAAAACAUCGUCCGGCUUGGAUGGUUGCGGCAUCUUAUGCUGCGGUCGAGGCUACAACACCAAAAACAUUGUGGUGCGCGAACGCUGCAAUUGUAAAUUCCACUGGUGCUGCCAGGUCAAAUGUGAUGUCUGUGUGAAAGUGCUCGAGGAACACACCUGUAAAUAAGUAAAUAAUUAUAAAAAAAAAAACAAAUAUAACAACAAACAUACGAAAAUAAAUAACUAAAAAGCAAAUGAUAAAAUGAAACUACUCAACAACACAUGACGGCGGCAAAGAGGCGAUAAACACAAUAAAAAAAUAGUAUAUAAAGCUAAAAAUACAUGAAAUUAUAACACAGAAAAAAAACCGAGCAUUCUCCAAAACAGUUGCUGUGCCCCCGCUCCGAUAAUCCCUUCGUUUGGCCGCAGCAUUACAAGUAUGCGUGUUAAACCGCUCAGACGGACAUACAUACAAGUAUAUAAAGUUAAGCCGUAUGUAUGUAUGCAUCAGCUAUAAAUAAAAUACGCGCCUAACGGCAUGUGAAACAUUUAACUGUAAAUUAAAACAGCUAAGUAACUGCACAAAUGAAAUGAUAUGAGACACAAAAUAGAAACGCUGAGUUGUCAAGCACACACAUACAUAUACUAAUACAAAGAAUUGUAUAUGCAAAAUGAAAUUAGUUCUUAAGUCUGAUUAAAUGUAUGUAUGUAAUUAAAUGUUAUGUGCGAUGUGCUGAAAUUUGAUACCCUCCGUGUAAUUGUAUGUGUGUAAGUAUAUUUAGUAGUAGGCGCGCAGACAGCUCCCGUCAAGCAACACAUUUGUAUGUAGAAAGCAAAUUCCAUAAAUAUAAGCAGCAUUUAUUUGAUUUGAACAGAAAAAAGAAAUCAAUUAAUUACUAGUACAUAAGCAGUUAAAGUUACUGUAAUGAAUUUUCAAUUACCAUCCGCUAAAUUUAGAGUUAUGAAAUGUAUGUAGUUCCAUAUUGUAAUCUAUAGUGUAAGUGUGUGUGUAAGUGCAUGUGUGUGUGUGUAAAAUAUAUGUAGCUAAGUGAAGUGUGCGUUUAAUUUUCCACCGCGGUACUAACACUUUCCUUACGCACUGUAUUUAUGUAGUCGGCUUAAUUAGUUCGUAGAUUUACUCAUUAAAAUACAUAUAUACAAAUAUAUAAGCCUAACUACGCAUAACUUACAACUCUAGUUAGUGUGAAGCCUACUUUAACUUACAUAAUUUUAGUUGUAAACAUCACUUAUUUAAAGUAAAAUUGUAUGAAGCAGAUCUGAGCAUAUUGUUGGAAGCUUCUGAUAUGAGAAUAAUAAUGCAAGGAAUGCUAGAUGCAUAUUUUAUACAUAUGUAUGCGUGCGAAAACUUUCUUUUUUGGGACUUAUGAGAUUUUUGCAGACGAUAUUUUGACAUAAAUUGAAAACCUUGUUUGAUCCUAUUCUAAAUUUAUAACUGUAUUGUCUUUCGAAUUGCGAAAAAUAUUUAUCAGCUCAUCAUGUAAGUGGCACUGAAGUCUAAUGGGUUAAGAAAGCGAUAUUUGACCUUACAAAAAUGAUUGAUACCAAACUUCAUUCAAUUUAGUUGAAUCGAGAAACACAAAAUAAUACAUUUAACUGCUAAAAAAUGAUAGAAAGAUGUGUCAUACUCAAAAACAUUUGAAACGAGCAUUUAUACAUCAAAAAAUUGGCGACUACAUAAAGUCAUCAUCAUCAACAUCAUUUCUGUAUCGUCCAUUUAAAGGGAAUCUUUCAAUGAUUACUGGGAUACUUUUCUGAUAUUUUCUGCUAUAAAACUCGUGUUAGCAUUACAUGAAUUUUACAUUCCCAAAUCCAGUCCGAAGCAGUGGGAUUUCUCGAUACAUGGUUACCUCUUAGAGACUUUCCAAUCUUGACUUUUUGAUCCAUGUUAAAAUUGACUCUUAUUGGAGUUGAAAGACUUACCGCGAUACGUUUAAACAUAAAGCGGGAGCUAUGU